AUGUCUCUCGUCACAGAAGAGAUCAAGGCCAAAGCAGAGGUCUACUAUGGAGAUGAAAUGGGAAAAGAGAAAUCACAGGAAUUGCUCAAGGAAGUGGGCUUGCCAAACGGUCUUUUGCCCUUGCAUGACAUUGAAGAGUGUGGGAUUGUGAGGGAGACAGGGUUUGUGUGGCUCAAGCAGAAGAAGAGCAUAACUCAUAAGUUCGAGAAGAUCGGCAAGCUUGUUUCCUAUGCAACUGAAGUCACAGCUUAUGUCGAGCCCAACAAGAUCAAGAAACUGACCGGUGUGAAGACCAAAGAGCUCUUGCUUUGGAUCACACUGAGUGACAUCUAUUUGGAUGAUCCACCGACUGGGAGGAUCACCUUCAAGACCCCUACUGGGCUCUUCAGGUCUUUCCCUGUGUCGGCUUUUGUGGUUGAAGAAAAAGGUAAAGAAACGGCAGCUAAGGAUGCCAAGAAAGAGGAGGAGGGUACUGAUGUCAAGCAAAAGAACAAGGAAGUGAAUGGAGCUGUGGAGGUGAAGGAGGUCUAA